AUGUUUUGCUUGAAAUGGUUCAAAACUCGACUAGACGACAAAACGUCAACUGAGAAAUUGUCAUUUGAUGAAGAACCAGAAGGACCAAUAAUGAAUAUGCCAGAUUUGGUGAUGAGAAAGAUUAUGGAAAAUGUUGAUUUUAUAACGAUGCUGAAACUUCGAAAAGUGUGUCACGCGUUUCGAACCUUCAUUGAUGAUACCAAACUGGAUAAUGAAUUGACACAACUCAAUAUCGAUGUGACACCGUCGGCGAUAUAUGCGACUAUCGAUUUUGCUUUACAAUCUAAGGAAUCUGUAAACUUUUAUUACAUAAGAUAUGGCCACAACUAUGCAUUUUUCAACGACUUUGGUUUUAUUUUGAGAAACCAAUCAAAGCCGUUGAAAUACGUAAAUGUCGAGGAAUGGUCAUAUAAUUGGUAUGAAGGAUAUCACUACGAUAUAAAUGUUAUCAACAGCCACAGAGCUACUUAUUCAAUUUAUGGAUGCUGCACUUCGUCACGUCCGUUUGAAUGUUCCUUCGAAGCUACCCAGCAUAUGUGUGAAAUAAACGACAAGUGUACGUUGCAACCAAUUGCCGAUAAAUUUCAUGAUCGAUUUGAUUGCAUUUUGAAAUCAAGGAAAUAUCUCAUUCCUAUACAAAAUUUGGAAAUGGACGUUUUGCGACCAAGUAAUUUUUGGAAUAUGACUCGGCUGAUUGAUAUGAAACAAUUGAAAGGGAUCGUGAUAAGGAAGACGUAUGAGGAAAACGAUAAAGAAAAUGGAAAACAGCUGGUUUUGAAUGAAAUCGUGGAGUUGGAUGUGUUCGAUUGUAUUCAAGAAUUGAGUAUUACGGUUUUCAAAGUUACAGUACCUCUGGAAACAUUUCUUCAUAUACCAGAUCUGACAGUUUCCAUUUCAACAAUCACUAUUGAAGAUGUUCUGUUGAUAAAGAAGAACAUGCUCACUUCUCCAACUGCCAAAUCUCGUAUAAUUUAUUUUGAUCAUAUAAAAGACGUGGACACAAUACACAACACCCUUGGACAUGCGAAUCCUGACUAUAAUAAAGUAUGCUGGUACUUCAAACUUCCGGACUCAGAUCAAGCGCUCCGAAUCAGCAGGGAUUUGUAUGGCAAUUGGUUUUCAUUGACAUGGAUUGAAACUUUAUGGAUUCGUAAAGAUGCGGUGAUUUAUUGA